GUCUGGAGCCAAACCUGGUGGAGAACGUCUUGCAGUACGCCAAGAACCUUGUGGUGCCGGGGACCCAUGAUAUCACGGAUAAUGUGUUUAUGUCUCAGAUGAUGAGUCGGUUCCAUAUCACUAGCCUGAUCAUGGUCAACCAAAUGUUUGAAGCAAAGCGCAGGUCCAUCCCGCUGGAGGACUACUGUUGGUGCAUCUGUAUCUUCUUGUCAGACGACAUUGAUCUCAAAAUCAACUGGGUCUUUUCCGUCUACGAUGCCAAUGAUGAUGGGAGUCUAAGCAGAAUGGAACUCUACAUACUUUUAAAGCCGUGCGUCCUCCAUUCAGAUGAGAUGGAAACCGAAGAAGCAAUCAAAGACCUAAUUGAUAUUGUGAUGGCUGUGGUCGAUGUGAACAAGAAUGGCUCUGUGGAUCUCGAAGAGUUUAGAAUCCUUGUUAAGAAAAACGUUCUCUACAUCGACUUGUUGGGCCAAUGUUUACCCCAGAAACAGGCCGUUAAAGGGUAA